AUGGUCGCGCCCGACACUCCAGAUGAGCAGCGGCCGUGGAACAGGAAUCGCGGCAUGACAGAUAUCGAAUUCAAGAAGGAGGUCGCCGCGUGGGGCGCGAACGAGCAGCUGUUCUCGCCCGCGACGUGGGAUCUGUAUCGCGGCGUGCUGCGCGCCGACUACUCCAUGUUUGACGAGUACGAGUGGACUCACCCAGGGUGGACGAUGUCGGUACCCGUGCUGGCCAUGUACGGGUCGCAGGACACGCGGUGCACAGCUGAUCUCGUCGACGGCUGGCGCCGCACCACGACGGGGCCGUUCAAGUUGCUGCGCGUUGCGGGGCCCCACCUCUUCGCGCUGGACCCCUCGCACAGGGCGAAGUGGCUCUCGCAGUGCGUGCAGUGGCUCGAAGCCGAGGCGAAACUGUAG